UAAUUUAAUGACGUUUCAAUGCCAAGUUACCCUCAUAAGUUCGGAUUCCAUAAUCGUAGACGGACAAUGCCUACUUAUUUUUCUACAAAGCGUUGACAGUUAAUCAUUUGACAGCAUGGCGGGUCACGUCUUCGUAUCAGAGCACAGUCGCGCUGCACUGACUAUCAGCACAAACAAUGGGCAAGCUAAGAAGUUCCCUCAGUACCUUGCGGCCAUCUUGGCCACGUUGGCGGCCCUGGUAGCAGGUUCUUUCUUGUCCUGGACAUCACCAGCGCUGCCGCUGCUCCAGAAACCAAGCAGCGUCCCUUACGUCACAGACGAGGAAGGCUCGUGGAUCGGAUCCCUGUUGAACCUCGGAGCCUUCCUGGGCGCAUUGCCGGCCGGGUUGGUAGCUGACUGGAUAGGGCGCAAAGUUACACUCUGCGCCCUGACUAUACCAUUGACGGGGUCCUGGCUCCUGAUGGCCUUUGGUGGCUCCGUCGUCGAGUUAUUCUUGGGCCGGUUUAUAGGUGGAGUAGCUAUUGGUGCUGUAAGUGUGGCCGCUCCCAUGUACAUAGCAGAGCUCGCCGAGAGUUCCAUCCGCGGUGCGCUAGGGACGUUGUUCCAGCUACAGAUCACGAUCGGCAUCCUGUUCGGGUACGUGGCAGGCAUGGUGGGCGAUCACCGAACCCUCAGCUUCAUAUCCUGCGCCCUCCCGGUGCUGUUUUUUAUCACCUUCAUCUGGAUGCCAGAGUCGCCCGUAUUCCUCUUGUCCAAGAAUAGGAAGGACGCCGCUAGGAAAGCAUUGCAGUGGUUCCGAGGUAAGGACUAUGACGUGGAGGACGAACUGAUGAGGAUGUCGGACACGAUCAAGGAAGCGGCGGAGAACAAGGGGACUUUGGGAGACCUGAUAUCUUCCAGGGGCACAGUGAAGGCAAUGAUCGUCGCGCUGGGCAUCAUGACCUUCCAGCAGACAAGUGGCGUCAACGCCGUUAUCUUCUACUCGGGAAAUAUAUUCCAGAACUCCGGCUGUACUUUUUCCGCUACUACUGCAUCUAUAAUUAUAGGCGUCGUUCAGGUUCUUGCCACGUACUCUUCCACGCUGCUAGUUGACAAAGCAGGACGACGAGUACUACUCUUGUUGUCCUCAACCGUCAUGGCCGUGUGCCUCACGGCCCUCGGCCUGAGCUUCCACCUGCAGACACACGGAUACGACGUCAGUUCAAUCAGCUGGCUGCCGCUCGCGAGUGUCGCCUUGUUCAUCGUCGUGUUUUCUAUGGGGUUCGGUCCAAUUCCAUGGAUCAUGAUCGGCGAACUGUUUCCUAACAAUGUUAAAGGCAUAGCUUCAGCUGUGACUGCAGCAUCAGCUUGGAUCCUCGCCUUCACAGUCACCAAAACGUUCCAAAACCUCCUGGACCUCCUGGGGUCACCUAUCACGUUUUGGCUGUUUGCGGUUAUGUGUGUUGCCGGAACCAUCUUCACGUUUGUUCUUGUUCCCGAAACGAAGGGCAAAGAUCUUGAGGAUAUUCAGUUAGAACUGAGUGGGAAGAAGAAGUCUGACAGGGAACUGGAGGCUGUGGUGGAUGGGUCGUUGUCCAAAACUAAUGUGAAUAUAUAACAACGCCCUGUAUAUCCAGGACGCGUUAAGAAGAGUAGUAAUGACUAGUGUUUUUUUUUAUUUUGAAAACUAGUAUCAGGUUCGGAAAAAUAUUUGGUAUGGUCCCUUCUUAAUAAAUCGGCCUCGUAUAGUUUUUAACGAACUAAUUAUAGCAUAUAAGAUUUCAGGUGAGUGUGAAAAUGACUGUUUACUGAGAUAUCGACUUGUCAGGUCUGUUCGUGUAUCUUCAUCCACUUUAUCACUCACAGAUUACUCGCCCUCAUGAUGCAGGCAGUAACUACUUCCGAAACGUUGAAAAAUUUCCACCAGACUACACGGCGUAACAUCACAUAAGACAGUCAUAUCGCAUACAAAUUUUGUACGUUGUCACGUAAACAAAAUUAAAUAAUGCAUUUACAUGGACGCAAGAUAGAGAAACUCAAAUAGGCAAUAAAUAUUUGUAAAUAUUAAAUUACAGAGGUACAAUAGAAAUGACAUAGUGUACAAUUAUUUGACAUGCGCCAAAACAAAUGUCAUGAAGGUGUAUAGACGACGAAAAAUAUAAUUGUUAGGAUCAAGUUUUGAUCGCAAAAAUACGAAGGAGAUGGAAUUUUACAUAUGUAUUAUAAGUCUGAUGUAGGGUUCGGUGAUACGAUGGUGACAGUUAAUAAUCAAUACAAACAUCAUAAACCAGUACAAAUUACUUAAAAAUAGUACAAAUAAAGCAGCAAUAUGAAAGCUGCAACUUUUUCACUUUACAAAUAAGAUACAAAUAACAGACUAAAUAAUAAGUGACCUUAAGUAGCCUAAGUCCUAUUUGUUUGUCUGUUUGUUGGGUUAAAGGGGCACCAGCAUCUGUAGCUAUUUGCGCCUAUUUAAUCUUAGUCUUAAGGGAAUGUGUCUAAACAUAGUAAAAUUCAUCCUUGUCCCACAGGAAUGGUACGUUCAAAAGUUAAUAACAAUCACGCGAAAAACGGAUGAUCAGUUGAUUUGAGAUUAGCAGCCCAAAGUAAAUACCAUAAAAUUAAUCCAAAUCUCACGUGGGUGGUACGCUAAAAUGUAACAACAAUACCAAUAAAACAAUAUUAACAAAGUCAGGCACGGUUUCCGGAAAACAUUUGUAAUUUUCACGGCGAAAAAAUGUGAAAAUUGGACUUUCCGGUUGUGAUAAAGAAAGCCUUAUAGGUAUUGUAUCGUCUCAGUCUUCAGAGUAGAAUUGAAGGUCACUUCAUCUCACUUCUACACUGAAGACAGAGGAGUUACUGUCCUCCGAAACGUUGAUAAACGGCUACAGGAUUACGCAGCGUCAGAAUCCGGAAUAACACCAUCUUCUCAUUGUUAAUUACUUUUAUACCAAAAUUAUUACAGUAAAUAAUUUAAUAUAUGUGAAGACAGAAGAAUCAUGGCCUUAAGUCAGUAUGUAAGUGGAAUUCGACUGUUUCAACAACAAUAAGUAUUGGUCAAGUGUAUUAUUAUGCUAAAAGCAACACAUAUGUUUAAUAAAACACUAAAAACAG